AUGCGUUCAUUUUCCACUGCAACAACAUUGGCGUUGGCCGCCCUACCCUUUGCCUCUGCUCAGCUGAGUUGGGAGGAGGCCUAUGCCAAAGCUGAGGCUGCCGUCUCCAAGCUAUCACUGGCUGACAAGGCCGACAUCGUGACGGGCACCGGAUGGAAGCAGGGCGUAUGCGUGGGCAAUACCGUGCCCAUCGACUCAAUCGGUUACCCGGCUCUGUGCCUGCAAGAUGGUCCGCUGGGAAUCCGGUACGCAACAAACAGCACGGCCUUUACGCCGGCCAUCCAGGCGGCCUCGACAUGGGACAUUGACCUGAUCCGCCAACGGGAGCAGUUCCAUGCCGAGGAGGCAAGGGCCCUCGGCAUCCACGUCCUCCUAGGUCCUGCAUGUGGCACAUUGGGUAAGAUCCCCGAGGCCGGCCGCGGUUUCGAGGGCUGGGGACCUGACCCGUACCUCGCCGGCAUCGGUGCGGGCGCAUCGGUUGCCGCCAUCCAAGCCGCAGGCGUGCAGGCAACCAUCAAACACUUUAUUGCGAACGAGCAGGAGACCAGCCGCAUGAUCAUCUCGAGCAACGUUGACGACAAGACGAUGCACGAGAUAUACCUCUGGCCAUUUUACGACGCCGUUCACGCCGGAGUCGCCGCAGCCAUGUGCAGCUAUAAUAAGAUUGACGGCACGUGGGCCUGCGAGAGCGACAUCAUGGACAAGUUCCUCAAGAGACAGCUGGGCUUCAAGGGAUACAUCAUGUCCGACUGGACCGCCCAGCACUCGACCGUCAAGUCUGCCCUGGCCGGCCUGGACAUGUCUAUGCCCGGUAGCGGGUUCGAACAGGACGACGUAUACUGGGGACCGCAACUUGAGGCGGCUGUCGAUGCCGGAGACAUCCCUCAAUCUCGCGUCGACGAUAUGGUUACCCGCAUCCUGGCCGGCUGGUACAAGCUGGAGCAGGAGAAAGGGUACCCUUCCACCGACCUCACCCGGGAAGUCGAGGGAAACCACCACACAAAUGUCCGGGCAUGCGCCAGGGAUGGCACGGUUCUUCUGAAGAACGAUGACGGUAUCCUGCCCCUCUCUGGUCCUGCCAAUAUCGCCGUCAUCGGAUCCGAUGCCGUCGCGGGAAACCACUCCAGGAACCUGUGUAACUCCCAGGCCUGCAACGACGGUGCCCUCGGCAUGGGAUGGGGGUCCGGGGCCGCCAACUACACCUACUUCGUGACGCCCAUCGACGCUAUCAGCAAGAUUGACGGCAUCAACGUGACGCUCAGCGGUACCGAUGACGCCGGGAAGGGUGCGGCCGCGGCCGCCGAUGCCGAUCUAGCUCUCGUCUUCAUCACCUCUGACUCGGGAGAGGGAAACAGGACCGUCGAGGGGUCCGACGGCGAUCGUCUCGACCUCACGCCUUGGCAUCACGGCAACGAGCUCGUCCGCGCCGUCGCGGAGGCCAACGAGAACGUCAUCGUCGUGAUACACUCGGUCGGUCCCGUAAUCCUGUCCGAGAUCCUAUCUCUCCCGUCCGUAAAGGCCAUCGUAUGGGCUGGGCUUCCUUCGUCGGAGAGCGGAAAUGCCUUGGUCGAUAUCGUCUGGGGAGGCACCAGCCCUAGCGGCAAGCUCGUCUACACCAUCGCCAAGAAAGCCGGUGACUACAACGCCACCAUCAUUCAGGGCGACGAGGAUAAUUUUGAAGAGGGGGUGUACAUUGACUACCGUCACUUCGAUCACGCUGGGAUCGAACCCGAAUAUGAGUUUGGAUUUGGUCUCUGUGAGUCUCUGGAGGUGCCUUCACCGACUACCAUGAUGCAGUUGCUGAUUUGCCUCUUCUCGACAGCGUACACAAACUUCUCAUAUGCCGAUUUGACUGUCAACUCACGUGCGAAGCCCGGGCUGAUCGGACAAGAUGGCCUGCAUGAUCUUUUCGAAGACGUGGCGUCCGUCACUGCCACCGUAAAGAAUACCGGUGCCGUCGCCGGCUCAGAGGUCGCUCAGCUAUACAUCUCGUAUCCCAAGUCUGCUGCCCAGCCGCCCAAGCAGCUUCGAGGCUUCGAUAAGCUUCCCCUGAAGGUGGGUGAGUCGGGUACAGCAAUCUUUUCUAUUCGCAAGAGAGACCUUGCCGUUUGGGACACGAAGGCGGAGCAGUGGACGAUCCCGCGUGGCAUCUAUAGCAUCCUGGUGGGUGCUAGCAGCCGGGACAUUCGUCUCGAGGGAAAGAUCGAGAUCGCGUAG